UUGCGCUCCCUGGCAGCGGCGCUGGAGGCGCAGGGCUUGCGCUUGGGGAAAUGAAGCUGAGUCGCUCAGAAAAAAGAACAGACCUUUUCCUUAGUUCUUAACUUGGGUUUCCAUCUGUGCCUUGCGCAAGUGUGCUGUAGGCAUGCGCCCUCUUGCUGUCUUGCCCAGGACCAGGAUGAUGAGUUGAAGAGGUGCUGCUAGGGUUAACAGCGGAGUAAAGGAGGGGGUACGUGCCACCUGGUCAAGGAUUGCCAGGGCAUCUUCUUUCUAAAAGAGGCUGCAGCACUGUCUGAUGUUUAUUCUUUCCCUCCUGGCUCUGGGGAGAUGGUGUGCAGGCUGGAGGCAGCAAAUGUGCACGGGAAGACGCAAGGCUGAGGGGGAAGUUUGGCUCCUUCACAGGCAAAACAGUUGGUUUUCUUUUUGUUCUGCAUAAAACCCAGGCAGAAAUAACAGCUAAUACUGCUUUUUCAGCGGGGAUUUUUGCUAUCUUUCGUUUCAAGGUUCGUGGGGUAAACCGGCUUCCAAACUACGCUGCUGCCAAGAAUUGUUUUUCUCAGCUCUGUCGAGCCCUCUGAGCUCCUUGGUGCAAGGAAGAGGACAGGGCCGCCCUGAGCCAUGUCCAACGACCCGCCGCCACCCUACCCGGGCGGCCCCUCGGCACCGCUGAUAGAAGAGAAGCACGGCCCACCCCCUGCGGCAGAUGGCGUUGCCCCAGUCGUGGGCCAGCCCCAGGGGGUUCCCAUCCCCCCUCCUGAAUUUGGGCCCCCCCCAUAUGAGCCACCCUCGCAGCCGGGGUUCGUCCCCCCCCACAUGCCCACAGACAGCUCCGGGCCCUACGUGCCACCUGCAGGUUACUACCCGCCCCCAGGCCCUCACCCCCCCAUGGGCUACUACCCUGCUCCGAGCCACUACCCCUCCCCUGGGGGCCACACAGCGACGGUGCUCGUCCCGUCGGGGGCUGCCACCACGGUGACGGUGCUGCAGGGUGAGAUCUUCCAGGGUGCCCCCGUGCAGACAGUGUGUCCCCACUGCCAGCAAGCCAUCACCACCAAGAUCACCUACGAGAUCGGGCUCAUGAGCUUCCUCCUUGGCUUCUUCUGCUGCUUCGUGGGGUGUGAUCUCUGCUGCUGCCUGAUCCCCUGCCUGUUUGAUGACUUCAAGGAUGUGACCCACACGUGUCCCAACUGCAAGGCCUAUAUCUACACCUACAAGCGCAUGUGCUAACGGCGCCCCGCGAGCCCGAGCCGCUGCACUGACACCGGCCCCUCUCCCGCCGCCGCCCUCCUAGUCUCUGCGUGUGCAACGCUCCUUCGCUUCACCCGCCGGUGGUGUGUAUGUGUGUGACCCCGGCUCCCUCCCACCUUCCCCCAGCUCCGCUCCUCGCUGUGAAGGGUUGGCAGGGCGAUGCUGGUGCGGGUGCGCAGGGGAAGCGGGCCCAGGCCCCCGAGGCUGAGGUGUGGGUGGAUCCCUCUGCACCCCCUUACGCUGCAGGGCGCUUGCGCAGCCCCUCUAGCCCGGAGCAACCCGGGGAAGAGCAGCAGCUGCUGGAGGCGCCCACAGUGAUGUGCUGUCCCCACCCCUGGGGAGCUGCGGCAGGCUGGGGGGCAGGUGCUGCCCAGGAGGGGAAGGGGGGGGACCCGAGCAACCCACAGCGGAGACAGCACCACCCUUGUGGCACUUUUAGGAAGGGGCUUGACGGCAGGAGCCAGAGGGUGGUGCCACCCGUGCCAGGUUUCAGCAAAGCCCCUUCCUGCUGCGCAGCACUGGCAGAGCCGUCGUCGUGGCACGGGGCAGCAGCCCCGCACCCUCCAUCAGCACCUCCGUCCUGCCAGAGCGGCCGCUCCGGCUGCAUGCGCCUCCUCCCGGCCCCUGCUGUGGCUCUUUCAGCAAAGGGAAAAAACAAAACCCAAAAACCCCAAACCCUUGGCCCUUCCUCACCCACCUGGCAAACUGUUGGCAAAAAAUGCAUCUGGCACGUGGCUGCCUGCCCCGACGCUGUAGAUGAGGCGUUUGUUACCCGGCUCCAGCUCCAGAGCAGCCCCUGCCCUCCCGCUGCAGCGCCCGUCCUGCCACCGCCGCGGCUGCACCCUCUGGGCUUCCUCCUUGCGUGGGGGUGUUGGGGUUUAUUUUUAGCUCCCGGGCUGUAGGGCAGAAGGAAGGGGGCAGUGACAGGAGCUGCCAGCAGCACCGUGACCCACGAGGGCCAGAGGACCUGGGAGCCAGUUGCAGCUUCUGGCUGGGCCGUGUCCGGCCGCAGCCAGCGCCGCUGGGCCGGGCAGACCCCGAGGGGAGCCGGGGGGGUCUCUCAGCAGGAGGCUGCACACACAGCCUGGCCUGCACGGGCAGCUGCUGUUUGCUCAGAGGUGGAACUGUGGCACUAGUCAGUGUUUUUAUGUAAAUAAAUAACAGACCCUGAA